AUGUCUCUGCCAAUUUCGCCGUUCGCGGCCUCGUCCUCCAGAGCAGGAAGCGGCGAAAUCCUUCUGGCCCUCCUCCCACCUGAGAGGCAAGUUCUCCAGAGAUGUACAUACCAAUACCCUCUCAAACUCAUUGCUCCGGACCCUCACCACUCGAGCGAGGAAAAGCACGUGACUGUCGCCUUUUUUCUCACCUAUGGAGGCGGAUUGGUGGGAGGAGACCAGAUCAGUCUGAGAGUCGAAUUGCAGGAUGCCACCAGGCUAGUUCUCGUCACGCAAGGCAGUACAAAGAUCUUCAAAUCUCCUCAGAGGUCGGUCGUUAGCAGACAACAACUGGACGUCAGGAUUGGAUCCCAAGCCUCUCUGUGCUAUCUGCCAGAUCCGACUCAGCCGUUCGCGGAGAGUGUCUACGAACAGAAACAGACUUUCUAUGUGCAACCAGAUGCCACCAGCAGUUUGUUGGUGCUUGACUGGGUGAGUGAAGGCCGCCGCGCGAGGGGCGAGAGUUGGACGCUAUGGAGUUGGAAAGGCAGGAAUGAGGUCAGAGAAUUCGACGAGCGGUCGAAAGGGAGACUGCUGCUUCGCGACGCACUAAUGCUCCACGAGGACGGACUUGGAAGCACAGGGCUAUUCGACAAGUCUAACAACAUGGGCAUUUUUGGGACUCUGAUCAUCUAUGGUCCUGUCUUCAAGAAACUCGGAGAGUUCUUCACGCAAGAGUUUACAAGUCAACCUCGCAUUGGAGCUAAGGAUUGGGCGGCGAACGAACGCAUAACCCAAGCGAAUGGAGUCGACCAGGCUGAGCAAGCGAGACAACGCGAGAAGCAAGAUGGUAUCUUGUGGACCGCAGCAUAUACAAGAGGCUUCAUCUUGGUGAAAUUUGGAGCGAAGGAGGUCGAUGGUGCAAAAAGAUGGCUUGGAGGGCUUCUGAAACAAGAAGGCACAGUGGAACGAGUGUUUGGACAUCAAGCACUCAUUUGCUUUAGGUGA